GACUUCUUCAAAACAAAACUUUAGAGGAAAAAGCUAGACCAAUCAGUCAGACAAAAACUAACUAGCAUAGUAGUAUUACAAUAUUAAUAUCGUGUUGUGACGAACAGAUCUUAUUGCUGCGAUCGACUUCUUCUUCUUCUUCUUCUCUUUCUGCUGCUCUAAACAGAGAUAUGGAGCACAAGUGAUCCACCGGUUAGAGUACAAAAGGGUGGUUCAUAUAAUGGAUAUCUUCACGAGAGAUCUCAUCCGUCGGAUCGUAGCAAGUAUUUUAUUGCCUCUCUUCCUUUUCCAUUACUUGCCUUACGUAACCUGCCAGCUAGAGUCGGAAUCUGCUGACCACAAUAGGAAAACCAAUUUUUCCACGGAAUUGAUAAUUGCAAUCAUUUUGCUUGUAACGUUUAUCUCAUUAAGCACGGUAGCUUGUUGCUUGCACAAGACCUUCUAUAGUGCAGAGAUUGAGGCGGCAGGCCAUGAAUUGUUGCACAGUAGAGCCAGCCGUGGGCUCGAGAAGGAAGUCAUCGAGUCCUUUCCAUCUUUCUUCUAUUCAGAAGUUAAAGGGCUCAUGAUAGGCAAAGGCGGAGUAGAAUGUGCGAUUUGUCUAAGUGAGUUUGAGGAUCAAGAAACACUACGUUUGAUGCCUCCUUGUAGCCACACUUUCCAUGCUAAUUGCAUCGAUGUGUGGCUCUCUUCUCGGUCCUCAUGUCCGGUAUGUCGUGAGAAUCUCUCUCUUAAACUAGGUGAAAGGUUUCCAUAUCCGAGCAUUGAUGUUGAAAUAGGAAAUGAACAAAGAGGUGUUCAAGGACCCCCCAAUGAGAGAAAUUUCACAGGUAAUAGUGUGACAUGGAAUAAUAAUGCAAAUUAUGGAAUACCUCGAUCGAGAUCUACCGGGUUACCGUCAAGCUGGCAGAUUCCUGAGAUAUUCUUCCUUCGAUCUCAUUCAACCGGACAUUCAUUGGUACAACUAGGUGAGAAUCUAGACCGAUUCACACUGCAGUUACCAGAGGAGGUGCAUAGACAAUUGGUUAGCUUGAAUCUUAUGAGGAGAAGCCACAUGGCGUUACCUCAAGCCAUGAGUUCGAGACAGGGCUACAGGAGCGGGAGCGAUAGAAGCGGUUCCUCUCUCUUUCUCUUUUCAAGCCUUGGGACAAAGGCUCCAAAGGCUUUUGUUCGGUCUACACAUGACAGGAAUGAUCAAUUCCGAGAGACUUCUGAUACGAACAACAACUUCGGUGAGAGGUCGUUCGAACGCCUCAUGCCAGAGAAGGUAUAACCUUUUUUAUUGGACAAACCCAGAGAUUAGAGAAGCUAUAACCUAUGUAUAGUUUCACCCCUUCAAAAGUCGAUCUCCGUUAUUAUAUAGUUUUUCAAUUAGCAUCUUUGGAAUAUCUUAUACAGUUUUCUCAAGGUAUGCGAAAUCCAAAAAAGAAAAAAAAUGUAUUUUUAAGAUUUAAUUAUUCCAGACAAAAGUUAUAUUGCAAUUAGAGACUA